GCGCGCUCGCGCUCGUGGCGUGCGCGAUGGUGCUGUACGCGGGGUCGUAUUUCGUUGAACACCCAAUUUGGAAGUUUGAGCACGUGAGCCGAUGGGCGGCGCGACGCGCGGCGAGCGUCGGCGCGGCGGGACCGAUGCGGUGUAGCAAAGAUCCGGCGCUGACGGGCGAACAGACGUGUCUGCCGUCGUUCGCGGUGAUCGGGAGCCACGUGGGAGGGAUGCGGCGACUGAAGCGAUUGAUGUCGCAGCACGACAUGUUGACGACUGGGCAAAAGACGAUGCAUUUUUUUAAUCCAGUGUACGGCGCCACGCAAGGGGUGCAGAUGUGCGAACCGCCGGAGUUAUUGCUGAAGGCGUAUUUUAGCGCGGUGCAAGCCGGACACGGGGAGACGUGGAGCCCGUAUGAUCCGAGCGAGACGAUGAAAGCGAAGCGAGACGGCGAGGCGUUUGAACGCGAGCUCGGGGACGUCGUCACCGGGGACUGGAGUGAUACGUAUUUCAAUUGCGCGUGCUGUGCGUCGACAAUGAAGCGAUUGAUGCCAAAUUUGCGGCCAAUCGUAGUGCUGCGAGACCCGGUGGGACGGGCGAUGGCGCGAUACGUGGAGGAGAAUCACCCUCACGGGACGCCCGUGGAGGCGUCGGGAUUGAGCGCGUGCGCGUUGAAGGAAAACGGCUACACUUGGGGAGCGACGGCGAAGAAGACGAAAGAGUACUUGGAGCAAUGCGUGAAAGAGGCAGACGGCGCCGAUAGUGGUACUCUCACUCGAGAGUGCUUGGACUUUCAUUCGGUUUUGGGCUGGAGCAUGUACGCCGAGUAUUUGGAAUUUGCUCGUAAUUUACACUGACGACAUCGAGGAAAACCCCACGGAAGUCGCCAAAGAGGUGGAAACGUAUCUCGGAUU